AUGCAGCUGGGCAUGGUCGAGAUGGAGUGCGACGGCGCCCGGGAGGAGGUGAGUCGCAAGCCGAAGCAGAAGGGCGUCUCCGGAGCGAGAUCUGUUAUGGGGCUGGACCCUCCCCUUGUGAAGAUUGGCAGGGAGGAGGAACCCGCGCAGAUGGAGGAUAUCCAGGUCUUUGGCAGAGUGCUGACGAGUCUCGCGAAGGGGGAGUGCGUCCGCGGGAAGUGGGUCGACGACGAGCGUUUCAACGAGAACGGCGAGGAGUCGGUGAGGUCGCGAUUUGUGGCCGUGCAGUUCGCCUGGCAUGCGAGGGGCGACACUUUCGCGGGGCUGCCGCCGCUGUCAGCAUUCUGGCUGGUGGUUUCCUUCGUUUCCAGCGUCUACUCCACAGGGAUCGGCUACGGCGGCAUGUUCGCACUCUACGACGUGUCCGUGGCGUUCUUCCACGCGCGCAUCGAUGGGGGCCUCUGCGCGUUUCCGCCUCGCGGCGAGGGGCCCAGUGGCAUCGUCUACCAGCUGAAGCGCGCGCCCUACUCUACCGCAAUGAGAAGGCAGGCAUCUCUGGACUGGCUCGACAUCGUGGUCGCGGGGCAGCUCAAGGUCGAGAAAGGGUCCGGCAUCCAGCGCGACCGCAAGAGCGUUAAGAUCUUGGUCAGCACCGUGCUCAACAGGAAGGCCGGCGAGAGGAACACCACGAAGAGGACGGUCACGCCCUCGUCCAAGGUCGUCGGCAAGGACCGCAGGGAGUCGGCGGACGAGCUCAGCGCGGAGUACGCGACCACCUACCGCAAUUUGUUGCCGACCGCCUUCUACGUCUCCCACGACCGCUUCGAUGUCCAGCAGGCCGCGGGGUACCUCAUGAGAGGCAUGACCGACCCCGCCAGGCACCAUUGGUUACUACUGCAGCGCCUAGCAAGCUACCUGGAGAAGCACCCGCAGUUCGAGCUCUUCUUCGAGUUCCCGACGAUGCCUGCGGUCAUCGUGGCGGAGGUCGACAGCGACUGGGCGUCGGAGCCUGGCAAUGGCGCGCUGAGCAGCGCGGAGGGGGAAUUCGAUGGCAUCGUGAACGGUUUGGCGAGGCGCAUCUUGCUGAGAAGCGUGCUGCUGGAGAUGGGGUUCGACAUGGCGCUGCAGGAGGGCAGGGGCAGGACGAUCUCCAUGGCGAAGAUCCACACGGAGGUGAACAGGGCAGACAUGCAGACCAAGCCGCUUGAGGGGCCAAGUUUCUUGAAGCUGCUGGCGACGCCUCCACUUCGGGCGCCACCCUCGGGGCGCAUGCAGGUGUUCGGGGUGAUGCUGGCGGCGACACCACUCGGAGGAGUUCAAGCAGCUGCAGAAGUGGUUCUCACGAGCCAAGAAGUUUUGGUCAUAGGCAGCCCUGCCGCGAUGGAGCAGAUCUGGACGAUGUCCAUCACUGUGAUGCUGGUGUCGACGCUGGCAAUCACCUUCCUCUCCGCCUGGGUUGGCUAUCGCAUCUACAUGGGCGACGAGACCGAGCCGGUGGAGAUCCCACCGGUAGAGGAGCAGCUGGCGCUCGUGAAGAGCGAGACGAGCAGGCACAGGCAGACGGCGCCGAUCAAGCCAUGCUGGACGUGGAGCGCGGUGGAACUUCGAGCCGAGUGCAUUCGCUUGAGCAUCGACCACGGGCAGUUGAAAGCGCAGAUGGUUGA